CUAGAUGUGAUCCUCAUCGUUCACUCAACGAUCACACAUACUCUGACGAACGAUCUCAAAUCGCAGCUUCAGGUUGGUUUUUACCAUCGAUGAAUUAUCUAUAAACGCACAGCGUUGUGGCGGAAGAAGAUGUCGACGGCGGAGAAGAUGAAGGCGGCGGAGAAGCUGUUGUCGCUACUCUCCGAGCGGAAGAAAUCGAUAAUCGAACACGUGAAGCAACAAACGGAGUCGUACAGCCAGCACCUCGCUUCCAAACUCCUCAUUGAAGGAAUUGACCCUCCCUCUUGGCUUCGGGACCCUAGUAACUCGGCCUCGAAAGAGCUAAAUGAAGAAGACCUUAUCUCCAGACUUCUAAGUCAGUAUCCCCAACCAUCAGCCCGUUGCUCUAUUGCAUGCUACCCAGGACAUAAGAACUUAAUGAUUACUGGAGCUCAUGAAAAAUUUAGUGAUGGAGAUGUAGAACUUCCAGCUGCUAAUGAAGAUCUUGAUCGAAAAAAUGACCCAGCAGCACCUGGAUUUAGCGGUGAGGAUCAUGGUGAGUGUGCGCUCAAACUAGAUGCUAGUGCUGCAUCACGUGAGGAUCAGACAGAUGAAAGGAUCUUAAAUAACCACGCUGUAGAUCAUGAAAAGUUUAGUCAUGGAGAUGUUGUGGAAAUUCCAGCUGCUAAUGAAGAUCUUGAUCAAAAAAAUGAUCCAUCAGCACCUGGAUUUAACAGUGAGGAUCAUGGUGAGUGUGUGCUCAAACUAGAUGCUAGUGCUGCAUCACCUGAGGAUCAGACAGAUGAAAGAAUCUUAAAUAAUUACACUGGAAUCCAGAGGUCCAAGUCCAGACAAAAAGCUCUCGAGCUCCGCAGCAGUGCAAAAGCACCAGCGAAGAGUGGUGUAAGACAUAGCAGUAUCAAUGAUGUUGUUUCUAGCCAGAUUAGGUUUUCUCUCUCUAGCACAAACCAGCCUUGCCAAAAUGAUGAGGUGUCCCAAUUGGGAGAACCCUGUAUAAUUGAUAGUCAAAGUAGUGAGAACAGGAAUGUGGUCGAAGCUCAUUGCUUAAGUAGAGAAGUGGGACUGGCUGCACACUCUGAGAGUAGGUCUGAAACUUAUGCAGAAGCCCCAAUUUCUGUUGUAGGUUCUUUUCCAUUGGGUUGCUCAUCUAAGGACUACAACGAAAAUGCCGCAUCUCAAGACGCUAGAGUAAAGAGAAAAGAAUCCAUCCCUAUCUCUGACACUGAGCAUGCUGAUAAUCAUGUUAGGUCUCCAAAAUCAGCUGGGCCAUCUGCUAUCUGUAGUCAAAGCUUUAGAGACAGGGCAGAAGAAAAUGCAGAUUUUCUGUGCGAGGAUGAAGAAAAAAAUGUUUGUUCUGGUGAAAUCAUUAGGUCGGAAAUUUCUAGCAGAAGGCAAAGUUGUGGUUGUGACUCACCCGAGGCUGGUAGUUCUUUUGAUGAUUAUCAGGGAAUAGAUAUUACUAUGAAGGAUGCUGGGGAUGAUCUACCCCCAGAUUGUGUUGAUGGAUCUUUAAUGAAGAUUAAUUUUUUUAACCUUCAUAAUGAAGGUUGUGAUGCCCAAGAAUCAGUUCUAGAAGAUUUUCCAUCUCUGAGUUCUAUUCAAUGCAAUGCCUGUAUAGUUAAGAUUUCUGAUUUGAAAGUACCCUCUGCAUCUGCUAAGGUGUAUGGAGGCAUUCUUGCUUCAUCAAGUGCAGGAUCAGCAAGACGAGUUAAUGAUUUGCUAGAGCUAUCGGGGUUAGUUAAACCAUCUGAUGAAUGUUAUAGGGUGACAAGGUCGCAAACUCAUUCUUAUGGCAAAGAAACCUAUCGACCUGUAACUUAUAAUGAGGGUAUAGAAUCCACCAUCUCAGACUGUGAAGGAAAGUCUGCUGAACAACUCCAGAAUUCAAGUGGUCAAUAUAUUCCUCCCUAUCUUGGUACCCAUACGGCGCUUCAUGAUGAUGAAAAUGGCAAGCUUGUUAUGGCCAGUGAGCUUUGUUUGCCUGAUCAUGUUGAUAAGUCUUGUCUUUCCAGUUCUAACUAUUCUAAGCAGAGAAGAGGGUUGGAGUCUGAAGUUGCACUUACUCCAUCAGAUUCUUUUGCAUCUGUGGAACCAAAACAGUUUGAGUUGAAAGAAAUGGAAGAGUACUACUUGAAAGCCUUCACUUCUACAUCUGGAAAGAAGUUGAGUUGUUCCUUGCAUGAUCCUGAUGUAUCACUAGAUAAAGGAAUUUGUGGUGGAAAUAAUCAGCCAUCUUCAAGUAAGGAGUUACCAGGGAUGUCAUCAGAUAUCUCAAGUAAAGGACAGAGAGCCCAUAGGGAUUCCUUUCAACCUGAUGUUCAGGAGAGUCCAGACACCCAAAUUGGGAACUUUGGACCAGUUAUAGGCAGUGAGAAAUUAAAUGCUUCCAAAGAUAGUUCAGAAGCUGAGCUAAAUUGUAGAAGUUCUGAAGUUCAGCAUGAGAAUCUGCUAUCUAAAAUGGUCGACAUAACUGAUAUUCAAAUUCCUCCAAUGAAGUUACAAGUUAAACAUGGGCUUGAGUCCUCUCCUGUACACUGCAUGGAACAGGGGAAUUUAAAUGAUGAAGCAAGUAAUAAGGGUGAAUUGGUCUCAAGUGCUCCAGAAAGCAAAAACUCAAGGCUUUCAUAUGCCCAGCACUCAGCCAAAGACCCAGCAGCGAAGUCCGAUGAUUGCUCAAUUAAGAAAGCAAGGACAAAUUCAAUUGCAGUUAAAGAGAUAAAGCAAUAUCCUGCUCAGCAAUCUCAAAUAUUGUCAUGGCCUGAGAGUGAAGUUUGUAGCAAUCAUGGAGAUUCAUCACUGGGGAAAACUUCAUUGGGAAAAUCUAGUAUGAUCAGGUUAGAUGAUAAAAAUUCAUCACUCGAGAGAAGACUCAGACAUGCGAAAAUUGAAUCAUGGCCGCAGGUCAAAAGAAGGAAAGUUGAACACCAGCAAGCUCAUGGCUUUGCAACUUCCAAGUGCUUUCGGGUGACAAAGCCUCGUGCCUUUCAAAGGGAUCAGGAAACCAUGGAAAUUGAUAUAGACAGUGGUCUUGUGGUACAUGUAGAAAAGAGCACGAAUGAUGGAAUAUGCUCAGAGGUGCACACUAAUCUGAUGGAAGAAAUUCAAUCUGCUAUAUCAUCUCAACAUGGAGAGAUUAUGCAGGUUGAAUCUUGCUACAUCGAAAAGAAUGAAACAUCUCCUGUUAUCAAUGACGAGCAGUUAGUUGCGACCAUCUCAAGCGUGGCCAUGAAAGAAUCCCGAAACUCACAAGGAUGCUUUAUUGAGGGAACCAGAACUUCAUCUUUAAGUUGCAACUACCAUGAUCCAAGAAUGUCUGGGGAUAAACAAUGUAGACAGAACUUAUGUAAUCUCGAAAACAAUACUGAUAAUCUAAGUUCUGAAAUUUUGAACCUCAGCAGUACACUGCUUGAAGAAAUACAACAAUCUCCCAACUCGGAGGAUGGUUUACAAGUACAGCAUUCUGUUCUUUGCUCAAGCAAUGAAGACCUGCAACUUACUGAUUUUGAUCAUAUGCCUGUAUAUGAGGGGUUCAUUGUUAAUGCACAAACAGACACUGGAGAACUGGAUUUUGCAGCAGAUGAAUUUGACCUUGGUGAACUGGAACUUCCUAGGACGGCACUGGAACGUGCUAGCAUUCUAGCUGAAAUUUGCAGAUCUGCUAGCUUGGAUACACCCUCAUCCCAUUUCAAAUUUCAGGACACCAGAAAUUUGUGUAAAUCUUUAUCUGAUGAUGGUCAUCUUGAGCACAUGGAAUUUGGAAAUGAUCAUCCUUUAGAUGCUGAUGUUGGGAUAUUUCAAUCUUGUAGCAGUUCAUCAGAUGAUUACAAGGAUGCCGUUGAUGGGAUGCCUUAUUCUGCUUCUCUUGCUUAUUCUGGUGAAAGAUAUGGUUGGGAUUCAAGAAAUCAACCGCCAUCUCCAGUUGGAAAGCUUUGGAACCAACUCUCAUUCCAUACGGGGAGUUCAGGAAAAUGUUCGAGUUCAAAUCCAGAACUUACUUGCUUCCCGAUAGAGGAAGAUCCCAGUAGUAGUGGAGAGAAUAAAACUACAGAAGAGAAUACUGGUGAUACACAAGAUGAAACUGAUUCACCAUUGUCAAACCACUGUGAUAAAAGGCAACCACUUACAGAUUUGACAAAUGUGUGUACAAAUCCUCCCAUGUCAAAAUUUAGUGUCACCGGGACACCAGAGAAGGCACUCUUUGGUCAUAAGUAUCAGGGUAAGAAAGAUAGUGAGACCAGAAAAAAGCAGACUUCAUCUACUCGUGCUGCUGAUGGUAGGAAACACCAACUUUCAUCCAUUGGCCCAAAUGCAAUCAAAAGGGCCAAAGAAUCAGUGAACAAUAGCAUCAGCAAGCCAAUUGUGUCAACUAAAACCAGUUUGCAAGGUCAGGAUCAAAAGCUUUCUUUGAGAGAGUCUAGAAGGAAUAACAUUGUCUCAAAUGUUAGUUCCUUCAUACCACAGCUACAAAAAAAACAAGCAGCUACAGCAUUUCAAGGAAAAAGAGAUGUCAAGGUGAAGGCCCUGGAGGCUGCAGAGGCUGCAAAACGUGUAGAAGAGCAAAAAGAAAAUGAACGUAAGAGGAGGAAGGAAGCAUUAAAACUUGAACGAGCAAAGUUGGAAGAAAAAAAUUUGAAACACAUGGAAUUGGAGAAGAAAAAGAAAGAAGAGGAGCGCAAGAAAAAAGAUGCUGAUGUUAUUGCGAAGAAAAGGCUGAGAGGGGAAGAAGAGAAGAAGGAGAAAGAGAAGAAAAGAAUGCGACUAGAAUCAAGGCAGAGGCAAAGGGAACAGGAAGAAAAGAAACGUGUAGCCAGACCUGAAAAAGAAAAUCAACGGACCAAGGAUGAACAAAUGAACAGAAAGAAGGAAUUUAACAAUGAAUCUAAAAGGCAGCAGAACAAGGAAACCACUAGAGGAGAAUGUGUGGCCUUGCAAAAGACAGACAAUAAUUUAACUUCCAAUGAAGUUGUGGUAAAUUAUGAAGAAUGUGGUACUUCUGGUUUAUCUUGUGAUGGAGAGGGGAUGCAUGCAGUGGAUAAAUCACCCAGAAAUGAGGACUUGAUAGUUCAGAACAGUCAUGGAAAAUCAUAUGAGAUCUCUCCAUACCAGUGCUCAGAUGAUGAAGAUGAAGAAGAUGAUGAGUUGCCCACCAAGAAAUAUAUUCCAUCAUGGUCCAGUAAAAGCUCCAUCGCUCUGUUUUUACCAUUGCAGCAUCAAUUGGACCCUGAUGUGAUUUUCCCCCUUGAAAGUUUUUGCAGUAUCGAUGAAAUUUUGCUUCCUCGCAAGCUACAACAAAAGCAGGUGGCUGCAUGAAUGAAAUUAUUGGCUGUUGAUGGUCAUCUCUCGAAUUUUUGUUGAUAGAUUCUGACCGAGGCUUCCUAUGCUCAAAAGUGUGUUGAUACUGCUCGUGUCUGCAUGAGAUGAUAUUUGGAAUUCCGGGCUUUUGAUAUUCGUCGUAUGCAACUAGGAAUGAUUUUUUUCACUUGUUAAGAUGGGCAGAUCAGUUGGUCCAUGAUUCCGUGGGAUAUUAAUAUAUUGUGUACAUGAGAAAAGAAAAAUCAAGCGUCCUUAUUUAGUAUGUGGGAGAUCAGAUCAGAUCAGAUCAUACUGGAACUUGAAAAGGAAUAAAGAGGACAAACCUAACAUGUAAAUGUUCUUUCGUCUUUCCGUUGUGAUGAAUCCAUUUUUGUUCUUUCAUCUGAUGAAACUGUGCUAAUUCCAGUGCUGGGAACAUAAUUAGUAUAUGCCACAACCAUAUGAAAUCAUUGUAGAAGUCGAGUGAAUUAAGUUCUUUAACUAUUGCAAUUUUUUGUGACAUUGGCUAGGAAUUGCCUUAUCCCUCUA